AGUUUGUAUCCAAAGAUAGAUAAGAUAGUUAGUUGGCCACUAAUAUUUUCUUUCGCUCUCUGCGUUUCUCGAUCUCUAACUUCUCACCUAUCAAUCAGUUGAUUUAAUAACUAGUACCUCUCAAAAUGACUAAGAAAUCUACAAUUCAACCGUGUCUGGUAUGUGGUCAGAGCUCAAAUUCUAUUCUUUUUGGUGCACCGUCUUGCAGGGCUUGUGGUGAAUUUUUUCGGCGAAAAGUUAUUUCAAAUUUUAAAAUCAAAAAUAAUUGUUUGGGAGAGUGUAGUUUUGCCAAAAAAUCGAUGAAACCUUGUCAAAGCUGCAGGUUUCAAAAAUGUUUGGAAGCAGGGAUGUUGGAGAAAAUGGUAUUCUCUAGGAAGGCGAUUUAUUCCAUUUCAAACUUUGAAAAAAGUAUUUUGGAAGAACUAGAAGAAGCCUAUAGUAAACUGGAACAUGGGAGGAACGAAACUUUCAAUCCAAAGAGUGAUUCGAAUCCAAAAUUUUGCAGUCACGAGGAGCUUAAUAACACUUGUACAAUUGAUAUACAAAUAAUACUUGACAACUUGAUUUCAUAUUUCCAAGCUAAAAAGCCAAUGGGAAAAGAGCAAGAUGAUGUGCUCAAAAUGCAUUUUAUCGUUCCAUUUGUAUUGUUUGACACUGCGUUUAGAGCAAUCGGGAAAUCAUCUUACAUAUCACCUGACGGGACCAUGUUUGGUGGCUCUUAUGUGGAAAAACUCUAUCAAGAUUCUUCGAAUUCCAAAAUUGGGGUUAAUAACGGAAAAACGUCACGAGAAAUAAUGGAAUCCUAUUGGAAAGUGAGCUAUAAAAUAUUGAAAUCCGAAAUGGAACUACUCCAGCUAGAUCGUUCGGAGUUCCUACUCUUGAGUGCACUGAUUUAUUGGGAUUUUGGAUUGGAAAAUCAAUCGGAUAAAUGCUGCGAAAAUUGUAAUACGAUUAGAGAGAAAGUUUUGAAAGAGCUUGUAAAAUAUGAACGGAAAAAAUCCGGUCAAAAUGCUCUUCGAAUUGCAAUGAUAAUGGGCUUGUUGCAAGCCGUUCCGAAGGCGUUGGAUGUUAUGAAAACCUGUGGAUUUCUAUCAAAAAUUUAUAAUUUAAGAGGGAGUGGAUGCCCAUUGUAUGCUAUUUCAACUAAUUCGCCUCCGCAAUGAAUUUUUUUUUAACUUUUUAAAAAGUGUUUUAUUUUAGAAAAAAUUGUAUUUCUU